CAGUAAUUAAUUACCUUCACCGGCGGCGUCAAGGGUUUCGAAGAGUUUUGGCGGCAAAUGCUUUUCAGGGGACUCCAACCGCCGUGACAAUCUGACUCCAAGCAUUUAAACACACCACGACCACUCACCGUGAAAUUCAAAUCGAAGCCGUAGCCGGCCGCCAUGGUUUACUCCGACGACGAAGUUCAAAUCCUCGAAUCAAAUCCGAAUGUCCCUCCGCCGAAAUUCACCUGCGAAAUCUGUUGCGAUGAGAAGAACAGAUCCCGACUAUUCCGGAUCAACAGCUGCAGCCAUUCCUACUGCUCCGAUUGCGUGUCCGCGUACGUCGAUUCGAAGCUACAGGACAACGUCUCGCAGAUCCGCUGCCCCGUUCCCGGCUGCGGCGGGCUGCUGGAUCCGCUCCACUGCCGGCCGAUUCUGCCGAAGGCGGUGUUCGAUCGGUGGGGGGACGCGCUGUGCGAGGCGAUGAUCCAGGCGUCGGAGAAGUUCUUCUGCCCGUUCAAGGACUGCUCCGCCCUGCUGGUGGACGAGAAGGCGGAGAUCGAGGAGUCGGAGUGUCCGGAAUGCCGGAGACUGUUCUGCGCAAAGUGUCAGGUUCCGUGGCAUUCUGAGAUCUCUUGCUCCGAUUUCCAGAAACUGAAUCUGAACGAGAGACAGAGGGAGGACAUACAGAUGAUGAAUCUCGCGCAGGGGAAGGAGUGGAAGAGGUGCCCUAAUUGCAGGAUCUUCGUCGAGAGAAUAUCCGGCUGUGGUUUCAUGUCUUGCAGGUCAGCUCACUCGAUGAUAUCUUUGAGUCCAGAGUCUAGAAAUGGAGAGCUUGAUUUUCUCAACUCAUUUCCGGUCUUUCCAAUUCUGCCCUCCACCAGGAAAAGAAGUGCUGUUUCAUUGUUUGUUCCACUUAGUUGCUUCAUCUUGUUGACAUUUUCAGAAUCUAAGACCGCUCAAGAUGAAGUUGAUGCAUUGCGACAAAUUGCCACUACAUUGGGUGCAAAAGACUGGAAGUUCGCUCCUGAUCCAUGUGAGAGUACUGUAGUCGGGGUAGUAACACAACAACCGAAUUGGUUCGACAACAGUGUUGACUGCAAUUGCACCAUUGGAAAUGAUUCGUUAUGCCAUAUCCAGAAAAUUGCGAUAAAGGGCUUCAGUCUUCGUGGAGUCCUCCCAGCCGAGCUGGUAAAACUUCCCUAUAUACAAGAAGUAGAUUUUGCAUACAAUAUUCUCAGUGGUACAAUACCAGUCGAAUGGGGCUCAAUCCCAUUAAAGUCCAUCUCUGUUCUUGUAAAUCGGUUGUCAGGAGAAAUUCCACAAAUUUUGGGCAAUAUUACCACCCUCACAUACCUAAAUCUUGAAGGGAACCAGUUUUCGGGAACUGUUCCUUUUGUACUCGGAAAACUGAUAAACCUGCAAACUCUGAUAUUAUCCUCCAACCUUUUGGUGGGAAACUUACCAAAAACAUUUUCUAGACUUACAAACUUAACCGAUUUUAGGAUAAACGACAACAACAUGAGCGGGCCAAUUCCGGAUGUUAUACAGAACUGGAAACAACUUACAAAGUUAGAGCUACAUGCCACUGGAUUUGAGGGGCCGAUUCCUGCAAACAUAUCUCUUCUAAAUAAAUUGAUUGAUCUGAGGAUAAGUGAUAUAAAUGGACCUUCUCAGGAAUUUCCUCAACUUGAAGCUAUGGCUGGUCUAACUAUACUUGUGUUGAGGAAUUGCAACAUAUCCGGGGAAGUUCCUUCAUAUAUUUGGAAGUGGAAAAGAUUGCAAACAUUAGAUCUCAGUUUCAACAUGCUAGUUGGAGAAAUUCCAAAUACUAUUAGUGCACGGAGUAUGCUUAAAUUUGUCUUUUUAACCAGGAACAUGCUCAGCGGAUAUGUACCUGAGUCAAUCUUGAUGGAUGGAAUUAACCUUGAUCUUUCCUACAAUAACCUAACAUGGCAAGGCCCCGAUCAGCCAGCUUGCCGACCAAACAUGAAUUUAUACGUAAAUUUGUACAAGAGCUCUUUAACAGGAAAUUCCACACAAAGAUUUCUUCCAUGCACGAAUGGUUUCAGCUGUCCAAGAUAUGGUUGUUCAUUUCACGUCAAUUGCGGGGGUAAUCAUGUAACUGCCAAUGAGGGAAACAAGGAAGUUGAUUAUGAAGGGGAUGCAGGAGUUGAAGGCGGUUCAGCAAAAUAUUUCAGCAGUAGCAGUGGCAAUUGGGGGUUCAGUAGCACCGGUGAUUUCAUGGAUGAUUCUAAUGAUCAAAACACCCGUUUCAUCGAGACCGUUCAAUCAAUGGGCCUUUCCGAGUUGUACAGUAAUGCCCGUGUUUCUCCUCUUUCUCUCACUUAUUUCCGUUAUUGCUUGGAGAACGGAGGCUAUGAUGUUCGUCUUCACUUUGCGGAGAUUAUUUUCACCAACAACACAUAUUACAGUCUUGGGAGGCGUGUGUUCGACAUAUAUAUCCAGGAUAGUUUAGUGUGGAAAGACUUCAACAUUGAAGAUGAGGCUAAAGAAGCUUUAAAGCCUAUUGUUAAGCACUUUAAUGUCAAUGUAACCGAUAAUUUCUUGGAGAUCAGACUUUAUUGGGCCGGCAAAGGGACUACACGCAUUCCUCUUAGAGGGCAUUAUGGCUCUCUCAUAUCUGCUAUUUCAGUCGAUCCGCAUUUCAGAACUUGUGAAGAUGAGGAAGGGGAUAAAAAGAAGAAAGGCGCAGUUGCUUUCAUUAUUGUUGGGUCGUUGGUUGGAUGCAUUGUCUUGAUCAUAUCUGGCUUUCUCUGGUGGUGGUGUAAAGGCUCUUCUUCGUUUUACUCGAAAAGAAAAAACAAAGAUGUGGAAGGGGUAGAGUUGCAAACGAUUUCAUAUACUUUAAAACAAAUGAAAGCUGCUACAAACAACUUCGACGAUGCAAACAAGCUAGGAGAAGGUGGCUUUGGUCCUGUGUACAAGGGUCAAUUAGGUGAUGGGACCUUGAUUGCUGUGAAGCAAUUGUCCUCCAAAUCAAGGCAGGGAAACCGCGAGUUCUUGAAUGAGAUUGGGAUGAUUUCUUGCUUGCAGCAUCCCAAUCUCGUUAAGCUAUAUGGUUGUUGCAUUGAAGGAGAUCAAUUGUUGGUGGUAUAUGAGUACAUGGACAACAAUAGCCUCGCUAAUGCAUUGUUCGGUAACAACGGUUCUGGGAUGAUACUGGACUGGGCAACAAGAUUCAACAUCUGCUUGGGGAUCGCUAGAGGCCUGGCCUUUCUUCACGAGGAAUCGACCCUUAAAAUUGUUCAUAGAGACAUCAAAGCUACAAAUGUUUUGCUCGACCGAAACCUGAACCCCAAAAUUUCAGACUUCGGAUUAGCAAGGCUCAAUGAAGGUGAGAAGACCCAUAUCAGCACCAGAAUCGCUGGAACUGUGGGAUAUAUGGCACCAGAAUAUGCAUUAUGGGGUUAUUUGAGCUACAAGGCAGAUGUUUACAGCUUUGGGGUUGUACUACUAGAAAUAGUUAGUGGCAAGAGCAACAAUAACUACCUUCCCAGCAACAAUUGCAUUUGUCUUUUGGAUUGGGCUUGCCACUUGCAGCUAGGGGGAGACCUGGAAGAGCUCUUUGACCCGAAGUUGUGUGGUCGGUUCAACAAGAACGAAGCAGAAGUUGUAGUGAGAGUUGCACUCGCUUGCACGAGUGCAACGGCAUCACUGCGACCGAUGAUGUCAGAGGUCGUGGGAAUGCUCGAGGGAAACAUUGCAGUUCCUGAUGAGAUCCCAGAGGCGGGGGUAGACGAUUUGAGGUUCAAGGCCAUGAAAGACCUCCGCAGGGAGAGACUCGAGCAUAGUUCCAAGUCUGGUUUUGGUUCUUCGUCUUCUACUUCCGCUUCUGGUCAAUAUCAUCCGUCGCCAAUAUAAUAUUCCUUGUUUAGUUGAUCAUAUAUAUAAACAUCAAGUGAACUUGGUUAUCUUCAUCAUCACCAUUAGUAUUAUUAUUAAAAAAUGCACUAUUCUGCAAAGUUAUGAGUCAAUUUUGACAAAGAAAUAAAACAUAGUCUUAUCC